AUGCAUGUAUCUGUGCUAGUGAGGCGGGAUGACGGGCGUUAUCUGGAGCCGAGCCGCGCGCUAAUUAGAUCCGCCCAGUCGCGACGGGGCGGGCCGACAAAGCCCCGCCCGGCCGCGGGGGGUGGAGCGGGGCCCUCGAUGGCCGCCGCCGGACAGCGCGAGGACGCCAGCUCGGGCCGAAGGCAGAUCAAUAACGGCGUGACGCUGUACCGUGUACCCUGUCUGGUGACAGCCCCCGCCACAUCGCUGUGCCCCCCCACCCCCUCCCCCUGGAGACGCGCGAGGGAGGGCGUAGAGGCGGCGCAGGGGCGGACGCCGCCAGCCCGCGCGCCACUCGGCGUCGCGACGCUGUCCAGUAAGCUGCCGGCAGGAGGGGCGCAGAUGGCGGACACCGACUACUUCGACCUGCGCCCCAGCGGACAGACGCCCUUGGAGGAGCACGCCCCCAACCGCUCGGCGGACUGGAGCUGCGUGACGGACAACGACACGUUCCCGGUGCCGGAGUCCUCGCUGCUGAGGAUGCCCGCGUCCGUCAACCUCUCCUUCGUCGUCGUGUACCUGCUGCUGCUGGGCGUGGCAGUCGUCGCCAACGGGCUCACCAUCUGCGUCACCUACAGGGGGAAGCACCGCCUGCUCUACAGGUGCUGCCUCAUAUCCCUGGCCUGCAGCGACCUCGUAAUCGCCGUCUGCGCCGGCCUCUCGCACUUCCCCAAGUUCCUGCAGGCCGCUCAUAACUACUGGGUGAUGGGCGAGUUCCUGUGCUACUUCCUGCCGUUCCUGCAGACGGCGACCGUGCUGGCCAACUCGAUGACGCUGUCCUGCAUCGCCGUGGACCGCUACCUGGUGGUGACGCAGGCGGCGCGCACCUACUGGGACCCCAGCGGCUUCGCGUGCGUCGCCUGCGUGCUCACCAUCUGGACGGCGUCCGCAGGCGUGGCGUUCCCGAUGUACGGCCACUACAUGUGGAUGACGGCGGCGGUCGGCGGCGAGGACGGCCGGCCCUGCUACCUCUUCCACAUGUGCGCGCUCACCAGCAAGGACGUGAAGAACAAGUACUUCAUCGCCGUGUUCACCAUCAUCUUCCUGCCGCUGCUCUGCACCUUCAUCGUGCUCUACUGCCUCGUGAUGCGCUUCCUGUGGACCCGCAAGCGGCCCGGCGCCGCCAAGCCCUUCAUCGGCGACCCCAAGGGCGCGGCGGCGCAGCCGGGCCGCGACUCGCGCAAGACGCGCACCGUCAAGGCCAUCCUGGCGCUCAUGCUGACCUUCGUGUGCCUGCGCAUGCCCAGCUGGGUGUUCCUGCUGUACGCCAGCGGGCCCGCGCGCCAGCUGGUCGGCCUGGGCUGGUGGCUGGCGCAGAACGUGUGCUCGGCGCUCGUCGUCGCCAACAGCGCCGUCAACCCCUUCUUCUACUGCUUCCUGGGGCGCGUGCUGGGGGCGUGGGACGCGCUGCGCCGCCGCCUGGCCGGCGAGGCCCCCAGCGCGCCGCCCCCGGAGGCGGUCCCGGCCGAGGGCGGCAAGGCGGCGCACACGAUGGUCCCCCGCGGGCCGUACAGCGUGCAGCAGCCCGGGGAGGAGGCGGCGCUGCCCGCCAAGCCCGGCUCCAGCACCGUCACCUCCUCCGUGAGCGGCAGUCCGCGCCUCGCGGGCAGUCCCCGGUAGCGCCUGUCUCUCUCUGGUCUCCAGGCAUCGCCCUCACCUCCUCCGUGAGCGGCAGUCCGCCCCUCGCUGGCAGUCCCCGGUAGCGCCUGUCUCUCUCUGGUCUCCAGGCAUCGCCCUCACCUCCUCCGUGAGCGGCAGUCCGCGCCUCGCGGGCAGUCCCCGGUAGCGCCUGUCUCUCUCUGGUCUCCAGGCAUCGCCCUCACCUCCUCCGUCAGCGGCAGUCCGCGCCUCGCGGGCAGUCCCCGGUAGCGCCUGUCUCUCUCUGGUCUCCAGGCAUCGCCCU